AUGUUCGUCGCCCAGAAGAGUGAAAAAUACAUUUCCAAGUUUUCCAAUGCGCCCUCGAGCCUGCUUGACAAGAUGCUGUCAUUUAAUUGGCUGAAGUGGCAGAGUCAGAAACACUCCGUGAAUCUGAGUCAUGCAUAUGAGGCUAUAUUUAGCCGUCACAUAAGUCAAGCCUUGAGUGGACGCUUUAAUGCCAUUCGUCUCUUUGACCGUCCGUUGCAGGCAAACACAUCUUCGUCAACGUUAACUUACCGGCUUCUCCUGGCUCUGUCCCUGCUCACCCUCUGCACCUGCCUCAUCCUCAUCGUCAAGCUGCUCAACUCCAUGCUGAAGGGACAGGUGGCUGUCAUCAUCAAGAAGGUGCUCAACACAGACUUCCCCUUCCCCUUCGCUUGGGCUACUGGCUACAUUGCAAUGUUGGUGGGAGCGGGGAUGACCUUCAUCGUUCAGAGCAGCUCCGUCUUCACCUCAGCUAUAACUCCUCUUGUUGGUAUUGGUGUCAUUAGUCUCGAGAGAGCUUAUCCUCUGACGCUGGGCUCAAACAUUGGUACGACAACCACGGCUAUACUAGCUGCUAUGGCUAGCCCUGGAGAAACACUAUCAAACUCCCUGCAGAUUGCACUUUGCCAUUUCUUCUUCAACAUCAUGGGUAUCUUGCUGUGGUAUCCGAUCCCCUUCACACGGCUGCCCAUUAGGUUGGCCAGAGGGCUGGGGAACCAUACGGCUGAAUACCGCUGGUUUGCCGGCCUCUACCUCUUCCUGUGUUUCUUGGUUUUACCUCUGAGUGUAUUCGGCCUGUCGCUGGCCGGCUGGCAAGUCCUGGUCGGCGUCUGCGUGCCCAUCAUUGCGUUGGUGAUCUUUGUGAUCAUCACCAACGUGAUGCAGUCUCGCUAUCCCCGCUUCCUGCCCCAGUGCCUCCGCAGCUGGGACUUUUUGCCCCGGCCCCUGCACUCUAUGGAGCCCUGGGACGCCAUGGUGACCUCCGUCUUUGGCUUCUGCGGCAAACACUGCUGCUGCUGCUGCAAGUGCUGCAAAAAAGAUGAGGAUGAGAAGGCGAGGAAGAACAGCAGGAAGAGUCUGGAGAUGUACGAUAAUCCUGCCAUGACGAGAGAUGAGCACACAGCUGUUAAAGCAAUACAACUUUAAUAUUGUGGAGUUAAAUUUGUAUCUGCAGGUGAAACUCAAUGCAAUAAUGUAUUUUUAACAUUGAUGAUUCAUGCUGCAGAAUAUGAAGUGUUGAAUCUGCUGUUUCUGGGCAUGUGAUGUUUAUUAGAUGAUGUUUUAAAUUUAAACUCUGCUAUGAUUUAACUAUGGGUGGUUCAGAAAGUUAUGACUUAUUUUUAUAUUUUUUAUGGUAUGUGCGAGAGGCCGUCGGUUAUAUUUACAUUUUAAAUUUCCAAUGUUUAAUGUAGCGUUGAAAAUAUUUGUUAUCCUUCAGUAUUUAAGACUCUAUAUAAUAUUUGUAAAAUAAAGAAAUUACUAUUUUUAAAA